CCUUCAAGGUAUAGGCUAUCUACUGCAUUUUUUAAGAAUUAAAAAAAUGUGCUAAAAAUAUGGAGAGAACAAUAUGACGUGUCGUAGGAGAGGAGAAGAAAAAUGAGAGUAAGGAGAACGUGAAGAAGAAAAGAGGAAGAGCAAGUAGGGGUAGAGUAAGCACUGUAAGGUGAAACAGAGAAGCAGAAUGAUAAAAGAGGCAGCCAAUGCCGAGGGCAAGAACGCGGUGUCAGCGCAAGAAGAAGGAUAAAUGAAAAAAGAAAGAGGAAGCGAAGACAGAAGGAUAGAGAACAGAGGAAGAUAAAGUAGGGGAAAACAAAACCAAAAAAUAAAGGUGGAGGAGAAAGGGUACACAAACAUAGGGCUCAUAGGGAGAAUAGGAUUGAAAGAAAACAGAUAAAUGGAGAAAGGCGAAAAGGUAAGGUAGAAGAAGAGCGAGCGAUAUGAGGGGAAGAAGAAAGAGAAUACGUAUAAAAAAACAGAGAAGAAGGAACAGGAUGAAAAUAGAGGAAGAAUCAGAAGUAGAAGAGAGAGGAAUAUCAACCAAAAAAGAGGUAGAAGGAGGGAAAAAGUGAAGCAAAAAAAUGGGAAGAGGAAGGUAAGAGGGAAUUGUGAGGUAAGAAGAAAGAAAAUUUGAAUGGAUGCAUGAAAGGAAAGGGAAAUGAAGAGCUAAGAUAAGAAGGUAACAUAGAAAGGGCUAAGGGACAAGAGAUGUAAAAAUAACAAGAGAUUAGAGAAAGAAAAGAGAAUGAUCAGAAGACAAGAGGAUAGGGCGAAAGGUUUAAGAAGAAGAAAAAGUGAAACGGGGAUAGGGGAAAUGAAGAGAAUAAGAAAUGAGAGAAAGAAAACUGAGAUGAAGUGUGAAAGAGAAAAAGAAGGACGAAGAAGUUGACAAAGAUAAGAGUGAGGAAGGAGUAGGAAAGGAAAGGAAAACAAAAGUCAGAGAAAGGGCAAACAGGGAAAAAGCGUAAGAGAAACCAUAAAGGGGAAAAAGAGAAAGUGGCAGCGAAAUUCUUCUGGCGGGUAAGAGAAAGCAUGUGAAUAGUGUAUGAUAGCAAACGUCACGAAAAACUUUGCUUUACUUUUUGGUAUCAGGAGGACAGAUAGGUAAUUUUGGAUUUUCGUUUACGCUUAUAGAAGAUAUUGAAAAAGAACCAAGAGUGGUAGUGUGAUUCUAAAAAACACAUUUUAAUUAAGAUGGUAUUAGGCGCACAUAAAUCAGAAUUGAUGUCGGUUUCGUUAGGUAGUGCGUUUAGAAAAAGUGGAAAAUGAACAUAAAGGUAUAAUGCAGUUCUAAAUAUACCAUUUCAAUUUUGCAAAAUUAUCAGGAGCACAAAAAUUACGAUACUGGAGAUUCCCAAAUGUUCUAUUUUAUGGUCUCCUGAUUCUUAAUCGCCAGGUAAGUGGCAUUGGGCGCACAGAAAAUUUGGUUUAUUGUUUGGAAAAUUAUCAGGAGUACAGAAAUUAAGAUAUUGGGUGAUUGCAAAUGCAUUAAGAACCAAGAUUAUUAAAAUUUUCAGAUACCUAAUACUUACAAAUUGGAUUAUCUAAACCGUUACAUGGAAUCGGAGAAUUUACAUUAACUCCCUCCUGAUACUCCAUUCCCAGGAUGGCCAUAUUGGGCACAGAGAAAGAGCAUUAAGGUAUUCAGCACACUAUAAUUUUUACCGAUAGCGUAGAAACAAAGAUAUUUAAUGAUCGCCAACGUUACAUAGGAUUUAUUAUCUUAUAAUCUCCUGAUAAGUAAUCCCCAAGAAAGGGUGCAAAAAAAGAAAUUUAUUUCAUUUUUUGUUAACGCUUCUAGAAAAUAUUGAAAAGUAAAAUAAAGAGGACCCUAAGGAUCAUUGAGGUUCGGCACACUUAUCAGGAGCCCAUCAAUCUAGAUUUAGGCGGUUGCAAAUACCAUCAAAAACAUCUCUUUUUAAUACACAGAAAGGCGGUACUAAACGCAUUUAUUUUUUCGUUUUUUGGUUAAAAAAAAACAUUGAAACAGAGCAAAGAGUGAUAAUUAUUCAUGCUUAACAUAUCUGGCUGUGCAGUACUGCACGAGUUUUCCCGGGAAACAUCGGACUACCCGUGGUAAUGUGGUUCUUAUGUUUUAUAGUUCCCUGAUACUAGGUUACCCGAAAAACGGUAUACUUUUAGAAAAAUAUUAAAAAGGGAACAUAGAGAAGUACUGUGGUGCUAAGAAGUGCAUUUUAAAUCUGUAAAAAUGUCAGGAGCACAUAAAAAAUGUUUUGAAUGAUAGCAAACUGUAUAAAGGAUUCAUCAUGCUCUAUUCUCCUGACACUUGAUCCCUAAAAAAGUGAUGUUAAACGCACCGAAAUGUAUAUUUGAUUUAUUUUUUUGUUAACGCUUUAUUAAAAGUGUCAGGAGGACAGAAAUUGUAUGAUCGCAACUUCACUUUACUUUUCCGGAUACUUUUGUACUUCGAUUUUUGAAAAUAUUAAAAAGGGACCAACAGUGAUAAUGUGGUUCUUAUAUUUUAUGGCUUCCUGAUACCUAGUUACCAGAAAAGCGAUAUACUUUAGAGAAAUACUAAAAAGGAACAUAGAGAAAUAGUGUGAUGCUAAAGAGCGCACUUUAUAUUACAUAAAAGUAUCAGGUGCACAGAAAGAAGGAUAUUGUAUGUUCGCAAACGCCACGAAAAACUUGGCUGUACUUUUCCUGCAACUUAAUACUUAGAAAAGCGGUAUUAGGUAGGUGCACAGAAAUGUAAUUUUAUUUUUUCGGUUAUGAUUUUAGAAAAUAUUGAAAAGGAAGAAAUAAUUGUGCUGUGGAUUCUAAGAAGCGCGCUUUAAUGUGGGAGUCCGAAAAAAAACAGUUGUGCGCAAUUAUCAGGAGUACAGAGAUUAUGAAUUGGGCGAUUGCAAAUACCAUCACGAACCUAACAUUUUUUUUAAUACUUAGAAAAGCGAUACCAAGAGCGCUUAUUUUUUGGUUUUAGAAAACACUAAAAAGUAAAAAAGACUGAUAAUCUGGUUCUUAAAUUUUAUGUUUUCCUGACGCUUAAUUACGAGAAAAACGGUAACUUUUAGAGAAAUAUUAAAAAGGAACAUAGAGAGGUAGUGUGGUGCUAAGGAGCAACCUUUAAAUCUGUAAAAGUAUCAGGAGCACAUGAAUCUACUAUACACGUGGCCACUCGCGACCGACGAAAGCGCAUUUUCCCCGCACAGAAUCAGUAAUUACUCGGGAAGAAAGUGACUAAUCCAAAAAAUCUUUAGUCGUUCUGGUCUCGGGGCUGUGCUACACCAUAUAAGAAAGAAACCACAACGAAAAAGCUUACAGUGCAGAUGGACAGACAGAAGGAUAAAAGUGCGGACAAUAAAUGAUAACAAACAAAGGAUUCAUCAUUCUCUCCUGAUACUUGGUCCCCCAAAAAGUGAUAUUAGUUGCACUUUUUCUGUUAACGGUUUAUAAAAUUAUCAGUAGCGCAGAAAGAAGGAUAUUAUUGUAUGUUCGCAAACGCCACGAAAACUUGAUUGUACUUAUUACUUAUAAAAGCGGUAUCAGGAGUAGAGAAAUAUCAUUUUAAAUUCCGUUUAUGCUCUUAGAAGAUAUGAAAAAGGAAUAAACAGUGUUAUUGUGAUUCUAAGAAGCACACUCUAAUUAAGGUGGUAUUAGGCGCACAGAAAUCAAAAAUGAUUACGUUUUCGUUACGUAAUGCUGUUAGAAAAAAUUGGAACUGGACAUAAAGUUAUACUGUGGUUCUAAAAGGCACAAUUUAAGUUUGUAAAUUUAUCAGGAUUACAAAAGUAACGAUAUUGGAUGUUAUAAAGUAUUUAGGAGCUUAUAUUUUUUGGUACUUCAUCGCGGAGAAGUCGGUAUUGGGCGCACAGAAAAAAAUUUGACAGGGACACUAUGUUUCUAAAAAACACUGUCAUUUUUCAAAGGAGCAGGAGCAUAGAAAUUAAGACGUUGGGUGAUUGCAAAUGCAUUAAGAGUCUAUAUUGUUCAAUUUCUCCUGACACUUAAUAACUAUAAAUUGACUGAUCCCAAUUAUACGAAUUUAGGAACUUAUAGUUACUCCCUCCUGAUACUUCAUCCUCAGCAUGGCGGAAUUGGGCGCACAGAAACAACAACACUGUAAUUAAAAAAAUUAUCAGGAUCGUAGAAAUAAACAUAUUUGACGAUCGCAAACGUUACAAAAAGAAGUUAUUAUUUUAAAAUCUCCUGACACGUAGUCGUCAAAGGGCCCAAAAAAGAAAUUUGAUUAAUUACCGCUUUGAGAAAAUAUGGAACAGGCACAGAAAUAGGUAGUGGGGGACCCUGGGAAGAAUAGAGGUUCAGCACAUUUAUCAGGAGCACAGAAAUUAAGAUUUGGGCGGUUGCAAAUGCCAUCAAGAACCUAUCUUUUUUUUAAUACUCAGAAAUUAUUUGUUUCGUUUUUCGCUUUUAGAAAAUAUUGAAAAGGGACCAAGCAGUGGUAAUGAGGUUCUUAUAUUUUAUGAUUUCCUGAUACUUAAGUUACCUACCAGAAACGCGAUACACUUUAGAAGAAUACUAAAAAGGAACAUCGAGAGUGUGAUGCUAAGGGGCGCACUUUAUAUUACAUAAAAGUAUCAGGAGCACAUGAAAAAAUAUAUUUAAUGGAAGUUAUUUUUUCGUUUAUUGAAGAGGGAUUAGCUCUAAGAAAUGAGCAUUGAAUGAGCAGGCAAGUAUAGUGUUCUAAAAAACACAUUUUAGUUUUGUCAAAUUAUCAGGAGCACAUAAAUAUCGAUGUUGGAUAUUCUCAAAUGUGUAAAACGAUUUAGAAGCGUAUAUUUUAUGUUGCCCCAAUACUUAAUCUCCAGGAAUGCCCUAAGAAUGUGCACAGGUUGACGGCAGACUUGGGAAGAGGAUAGUUGCUGAAAAAAACAGAAGUAUCCACCGUUUAGUUUUCGUCAAUUACCGAACAAUAACUCUUGCAAUAACGGUCCAGCUAAUUACGCAACUCUCAUUAAAAUCGUUAAGCGAUUAUUACGCGGAUCCCUCUUCCUGAAGAGUAACUCUGAAAAUUGCGGGCAUACAUUAGCAUUUUUUGUUUUUUUUUUAAUUUGCGACGACGACGCGCGCCGCGAAUUUCUCCUCGUAGUUUUUAUUGGGCGCAUAAAAUCUUGCUUAGAAAUUUUUGAAAGUUCAUGACCUAAAACAUUGUUUUUCCAUCGCUAAUCGGUCAAUUACGAUUCCGUUUGUUUACCGAAAAUGGCGCGCGGUCGCCGUUAGGCCGAGAAGAUUCGCAGGUGGGUAAAAGUAAUCCUUUUUUUAUUAUUAAAAACGAAGUGAAUGUAAAAGUUAUUUCCAUAAAGUCUAAGAGUGAAUCUUCAGUUUAUAGGGGGGAAUUUGCUAUUUAAACUAUGCGGCGCGUUUAUGGAGAUAUCAUUUGAUCAUAGUUUUAGUGCCGGCUUAGGAUGAGACCUAUUGUGAUUGUCGCAGCGGUGCUAGCCCUGGCUAAUGCCCGACCCGAGCCACCCUCCUCGUACGGGCCACCCUCAAGUUCGUACGGCGUGCCAACGGGGGGCGGAUUUGGAGGUAGCGGAAUAGGUGGAGGAUUCGGGGGCGGUCACGGCGGCGGCGGCGGCGGAGGUUUCGGUGGAGGAGGAAGUUUCGGCGGUGGAUUCGGAGGAGGUAGCGGAUUCGGGGGAGGCGGCGGAUUCGGCGGCGGCAGCGGAUUCGGCGGCGGAGGUUUCGGCGGUAGCGGCGGAGGCGGUUUCGGAGGAAGUGGCGGAGGUGGAUUCGGAGGCGGCGGAUUCGGAGGCGGCGGUGGCGGUUUCGGAGGCGGAGGUUUCGGAGGUGGCACCACCGUGCAAAAGCACAUCUACGUCCACGUACCUCCACCGGAACCGGAGGAAUUCCGACCGCAAAGACCCAUCCCCAUCCAGCAGGCCCAGAAGCAUUACAAAAUCAUCUUCAUCAAGGCACCAAGCGCGCCCACUCCGACCGCCCCAAUCAUACCCGUACAGCCACAAAACGAGGAGAAGACGCUCGUCUACGUCCUGGUGAAGAAACCAGAGGAGGCGCCUGAAAUCGAAAUACCAACGGUGGCGCCGACGCAGCCAAGCAAACCAGAAGUCUACUUCAUCAGAUACAAGACCCAGACGGGCGGAGGCGGCGGUGGCGGUAUCGGUGGUGGAAUUGGAGGCGGAAUCGGCGGCGGAAUCGGAGGAGGAAUCGGCGGAGGAAUCGGAGGCGGAAUCGGAGGCGGAAUCGGAGGUGGAAUCGGAGGCGGUCACGGUGGCGGUAUCGGAGGUGGUCACGGUGGCGGUCACGGUGGCGGACACGGCGGUGGACACGGAGGCGGACACGGAGGCGGCGGUAUUUCCGGUAGCUACGGACCGCCGGGAAAAUCCGGCCCGUACUAAGUCGCAACCUACCUCAAAACGUCUGGCCUUGCAAAAGUACCCUUUUGCUAGGCUACCCCCCUGAUGCCAGUACGUUUCCUCUUACCAAACGGUGAUUUCUUUGACUGAUACGCCCCUAAUCGCAGCAAAUUCCAAUUGCGAAAAUUUGGGGUGUAAAUCAGUAUUGUAUAUAGUGCAAUACGUUUAUAUAUAGUAUUAUUAUAAGUGUAAUUAUUAUUAUUUAAUUAAAGUAC